UAUGUGGUGUACUGUAUGUAUUACUUCCAAGCACUUAUCAGACCCCGCACUGCACUACGCUCUCUCCGAGCGCCUAGCACCGCUCGACUGGUCCCGCCAUCUCUCGGGGUGCAAGAAACACCAACGAUGAAGUCUCAGGUCACACUCCUGCUCAUCUGCAUGCUUUUCUCCAAAGCGCUGUCGCUGACUUGUCACCAAAGUGUGCCACACUUAUCCGGAACAUGCACCAAUGAAAAGAUAAUCUGUGCAGAUCAGUGUCUCACUGCCACCACUUCUGUGUACAUGCGCGGUGCAAAGAUGUCGGAUGCUAAUAUGAAGGCUUGCGGCACGGCAGAGAUGUGUGUGAGCGAGAGCAUGAACCUGGGAGUGAUGAAAAUGGUCAACAAUGUCAAAUGCUGCCAAACUGAUCUCUGCAAUGCUGAAACGCUGCCAGCUCUUCCGAAGCAGGCUCCCAAUGGGAGAUCGUGUUACAGCUGUGAUGCUAACGGCUGCUCAGUAACAGUGAACUGUGAAGGAAGUGAAGAUCGCUGCAUCAGUGUAUCAGUUAAACAAGGAAGCAACACCAUGUCUAUGAAAGGAUGUGUAUCCAAGAGCCUCUGCACUUCUUCUGGAUCACCAAGCACAUCAGGAAUCGAUAUGUCAAAUGUGAAGUGUUGUGAGGGAAAUCUGUGCAAUUGAGGUGCUGAGAGCUUCCACCACUGAUGGAGCAUCUCACUUAAAGCCUUAUCAUUUAAAGACUUUAUUUCCUGUUCAAUAAUUCAGUCAUGUUUCUCAAUGUUCUAUUGGGAGAGUGUGUGAUGAUGAUGAUGAUGAUGAUGCAAAUGUUUAUGAUCAGAAUCUAUAAGGGGAAAAAAAGAUUUAUUUUGUUUGUAAAGCAAUUAAAAAGUCCAGUAAUAAACGGAAUAUUAUUCA